UGAUGUUGACUAGGUCUUAAGUGAUUAAUUACUAUUUUUCGUCAUAAUAAAUAAUGAAGUGUGUUGUAAACAGUGGUGGGUCGGCCAUUUUCACGGUGUGACAUAGAACGUAGAUCAUCCUUAUGUCACCGGAGAUCUCACUGCGUUAACAGCCAAGUUUUGCAAUGGCGUCUGUCUAAAAAUUUCGAAACGUGACGAAAUUUUUUUUGUUUCACUUUGUUUUCAUAUUCAUAUCAAUAAUCUUAUUUAUUUUUUAGUUUUCACACAGUACACAUCGUAUGUGAUAGUUAUUCAAAAUGGUAUAAAAAUAUAGUGUAAGUCACUCAAAUGUUAACGUGGUCCGCAUCCGGUCGCCGCUGUAAUAGCGCUGUCCCUUUUCCACUCACGCACUUAGACGGAGAGCAACUUUCCGUCGUGCUCCCUCGCGCGCAGUCAUUGGAAUAUCCGUUCAAUGGCUGGCGGACAAGAAAAAUGGUAUUUUUCAAAAGAUCAACUACAGAAUUCAGCAAGCAGAAAAUGCGGUUUAGAUGCAGAUAAGGAACUAGCAUAUAGGCAGCAAGCCGCAAAUCUAAUCCAGGAUAUGGGCCAGAGGCUUCAAGUCUCACAACUAUGUAUCAACACGGCGAUAGUGUACAUGCACCGGUUCUACGCGUUUCACUCGUUCACGCAGUUCCACCGCAACGCCAUCGCUGCGGCCGCGCUCUUCCUCGCCGCAAAGGUGGAAGAGCAGCCGCGCAAGCUAGAGUAUGUGAUAAAAGUGGCCCAUGUGUGCGUGCACCGCGGGGAGGGGGUCAGCGCGCUCACCACCGACCAGUACCAGGAACAGGCGCAAGAUCUCGUUUUCAACGAGAACGUGUUACUACAGACGCUAGGGUUCGAUGUUGCCAUCGACCACCCGCACACGCACGUGGUCCGCGCGUGCCACCUCGUCAAAGCGCCCAAAGACCUCGCGCAGACGUCAUACUUCAUGGCGUCGAAUAGCCUGCACCUGACGACGAUGUGCCUGCAGUACCGGCCCACCGUCGUGGCCUGCUUCUGCAUACACCUGGCCUCCAAGUGGAGCAACUGGGCGAUACCCCAAUCAAAUGAGGGCCGGCACUGGUUCUCGUAUGUCGACCGGACGGUGACAUCGGAUCUACUCGAGCGGCUGACCGCCGAGUUCCUGCACAUCUUCGACAAGUGCCCGUCCCGGCUCAAGCGCAAGAUGAUGGAGCGGAACAGCAACAGUGGAAGUUCGCCGCACUCGAGCGCGGCGCACGGCAGCGGCGCGGCGUCGCAGCAGCGGCCGGCGCUGCCCAAUGACGACUUUGACAAGUCAUUUGACAAAGAAUACGAGCGAGAGCGGAGACGCGCGCCCGCGGCCGGCGGCUACGUGCCCGCCGCGCCCGCCGCGCCGCCGCCCAACAAGAUCGACUACAACGCGUACCGGGAGAAGAGGGAGCGGGACGAGCGCGAGCGAGCGAGACAGCAGCAGCAGCCGUCCGCGCCGCGGCAGCCGGGGCAGCAGCAGCCGUCGGCGCGGCCCGCGGCCCCGCACCACCGGCCGCACCACCACAAGCCGCCGCCCUGGCCGCACCACAAGCCGCCGCACAAGCCCGCGCCCGCCGCGCUGCCCGCCCAGCCUGCGGCCGCCCCCGCCCCCGCCUCCGCACCCGCCCCCGCGCCCGCCCCCGCCGCGCCCGCGCGAACGCGGCCCCCCUCCCUGUUCUCCCCCGACAACUCCACCGCGCCCGCGCAGGCCGCGCAGCGCCCCGCCGCCCGCGCGCCGCCCGCCCGCCGCCCCGAGCCGCGCCCGCCGCCGUCCGCCCCCGCCCCCGCCCCCGCCUCCCCGCGGCGCGCGCUGCGCGACGUGCAGCCCCCCGCCAUCCUCUCCCCCUUCUCCUCGCCCCCGGCCCCCGCGCCGCCGCCGCCCCCGGCCCCCGCCCCGCCGCCGCGCCCGAGGCAGCGCGUGCCCUCCAACUCCGAGCCCGAGCUCGUCCCGGUCGUCAAGAAGCUCGACGAGACCCCCGGCUACGAGAACGUGCUCCGCGACUCCCAGCGCGGCGCCGCCAUCCGCACCAGGCCGCCGGAGCCGCGCCGGCCCGAGCCCCAGCCCCGGCCCGCGCGCCCGCUCAACGGCAUAGAGACCGACCCCACGCUGGUAUCUAAUCUGCUCAAAGAGAGUCUCGCCAAGCCGGCGCCCAUAACCGUCGCGACCGAGCGAAAGUCCCCCGCGGUCGAGGUCAAACGGGAGCCCGCCGCGGAACCGAAGCGGGAGCCCGCCGAGCCGGCGGUCGAAGUCAAACGGGACCCGGAGCCUGCCCCCCCGCCCCUCCCCCCGACCCCCGCCGAGGACGCGCCCGACCACAAACAUAAGAAAGAGAAGAAGAAGAAGGAGAAACACAAACACAAGGACCGGGACAAGUCGAAGGAGGAGAGAAAGAAACAUAAGAAGGACAAGGAGCGGGAGCGAAAGGAAGGUCGGAAGGAGAGCCCGCCGCCGGCGCCCGCGGAGCCCGCGCCCGACGGCGCGCUGCGGAUCACCAUACCGCGCGACAAGCUGGCCGGCAGCCCCGGCCUCAAGAUCAAGAUCCCGAAGGAGCGGCUGGCGGCGCCGCCCCCGCCGCCGCAGGCCGCCGGCCUCAAGAUCAAGAUCUCCAAGGAAGUGCUGGAGACGUCCCGCAAGCGCUGUGGGCCGGAGCCCCCGGGCGCCGCGCCGCCGCACAAGCUGGCGCGCCACAACGGAGCCGGAGCCCCGCACCACAAGGUAGGCUGGCCCCUCCCCGUCCCCGCCGCGCCGAGGCUGCCCUACUACAUGCUGCGCCCGCCGCCCCCGCUCUACUACGGCAUGGGCAUGGGCGUGGGCGGCCUGGUGCCCAUGGACGGCUACUACUACGCGCCGCCGCCCGUGUACCCCCCGCCCCCGGGGCCCCCCGCCGCCCCGCCCCUGCCCGCGAUGCCCCCGCCAGUUGUACCGCCCCCGCCCCCGGAAUGA